CAAGUGGUGCCAACCUGCCCUGGCUCUCUGGAUGUGGAGGAAGGAGUGCAGUUUAUCUUUAAGGAGGCGAGGGAAGCAUCAGGGAUGGGGCUCACGUUGCCCGGGUGACAUCACUGCCUUUGGGCUCCGUCUCCGCUUCCCCGCCUGGCUCGGCUUCGGUUUGAGCAAGGCCAGAUCCUUCCCCAGGCGGAGGGAAGGAACCGGAGUCACCCCGAAUUGGGGAGGUGGUUGAUUUCCAAGGAAGCGGGGACUCAACCGGCUGCAGACGCCUUACAAAGAGAGAUUGAGAGAGAGAGAGAGAGAGAGAGAGAGAGAAGAGGGCAGGGCCAUGCCAUCCCUAAGCCUCCCUUUUCGGGGAGCUCGCCUUGCCUUCCUUCCGCCGCGACGUGGGUGAGUUGAUUCCCUUCAAAGGCGGGGGAGAAAGGAGAAAGGAGAAAGGAGAGAGAGGAGAAGCGGAGGAGGGAAGAUCCAUCCAGGUAGCAGCCGAAAGUCGGUCUGGAAACGGCUCUAAUUUGGCUGCGGACGGAGGGAGAACGAGGAAAACGGCUCAAGGAGGAAAGAUAGAUGUAAACAAAGCAAAGGCGAGGAGGAGGAGGAAAGCUUCAGCUCUUGUGUCUGGACGGCUCGGAGGAAGAGGAAAGCGGCUUGGAGGGGAAAAAGACAUGCAAAUGAACCAAAGGCCAAGAGGAGAUAGGCUUGGAUUGUGAGUCGGAAAGUAUAUCUAAGUAUCUAUCUAUCUAAGGUAAAGUAAAGGUAAAGGUUUCCCCCCUGACCUUAAGUCUAGUGGUGUCCGACUCUGGGGGUUGGUGCUCAUCUCCAUGGCUAAGCCGAAGAGCCGGCGUUGUCCGUAGACACCUCCAAGGUCAUGUGGCUGGCAUGACUGCAUGGCGCGCGUCUAUCUAUCUCUACAUGUAAAUAGAUCAAAGGCUAAAAGGAGGCAGAACUCAGCCCCGUCUUGGAAGGUGGAUCGGGCCUGACUUCAGCGCACUCUUGGACUGUGGAAACGGACUGGAAGGACUGUGGGUCGGGAAAACGGACGGGAGGGUCAGAGCUCUAACUAUCCAUCUCUAUCUACAUGUAAAUAAAUCAAAGGCGAGUAGGAGACAGACCUUGGAAGGUGGAUCGGGUUAUUGGACUGUGGAUCGGAAAAACGGACGGGAGGGAAAUAGAUCUAACUAUCCAUCUCAAUCUACAUGUAAAUAAAUCAAAGGCUAACAGGAGACAGACCCUGGAAGGUGGAUCGGGCGUGAUUUCAGAACACGGUUGGGCUGUGCAAACGGACUGGAGGGGGAAAAAAUACAUACCUAUCUGUAUAGAUAGAGAAAGAAAUCAAAGGCGAGGAGGAAACGGGGAUUGAGGAGCCCCUUGCUCGGAAUAGGACCCCUUUGGCCCCUCCCUGCCCCAUUUCCGUCCGCCUGCUCUCCUUCGGCGUGGGAUUCUCUCUCUCUCUCUAUCUCUAGGCUUCCGCCUGGAUAAAUAAACAGAGACCCAGAGUCGGGGAAAGCAGCCUUGAAUCGGGAACGGAGAGAGAAGCAAGAGAAGGAGAAGAAGCCAGGAGACAGAGGAGGAAGAGGAGGGAAAGGAAAGGAAGGAAAGAAAGGAAAGGAAAGACUCCCUCUCGCCCUUCUUCCUUCUUCCUUCCUCUCUCCCAGGCUCCAUCUACCGAGGCCUCCUUCUUGGCUGUGUUUUCCUUGCAGAGGAGAGAAGCGCGAUGUUGGGGCUUUGCUGCAAAGCGGCGGGAGGGCUGCUCGGGCUUUUCAGGGAGAGCUAAGAGGAGGAAGGCUCUGCUUCUGGAGGAGGAGGAAGAAGAGGCUACGACAGGGAAGCAUCCCUUCCUGCACUUGCUUGUGUUUGGCUGCUUUUUUUAAGGAGAGGGGCGUCCAAAUGGCCAGGCGGAAGAAGGAGAGGCGCCUCACCCGCCGCUGAGGCUUUGAGGAUCCUCCAAGCCUGAAGGAAGAAGACCUACACUCGCCUUUUCCUUCCUUCCUUCCCUCCCUCGUGGGAGUCUUAUUAUGCUCCUGGGCCGGCCCUGAAGCCAUGGCUGCGGGCAGGCUGCUCCUGUACGCGGGGCUGGCGCUGGCCCUCUGCGCCCUGGGCAUGCUGGCCGUGGCGGUCUGCUCGGACCACUGGUACGAGACGGACGCCCGCAAGCACCGCGAGCGCUGCAAGAGCCUCACCACCCGCAGGAACGACCCGGGCUUCAUCUACAACUCCAACAACAACCUCCCGCUCCGGGCCAGCCGGCCCAAGCUGGACCGCUGGGAGGGCAAGCUGCUCCUGGCCCGCAACCGGAGGCAGCUCUUCGCCCUCAGCGCCGUGGAUGAGUGCAACCGGCAGUACAACUCCACCAACAUGGGCCUCUGGAGGAAGUGCCACCGCCUCGGCUUCGACCAGGACCUGGAGGAGCUCAUCGCCAAAGGAGCAAUUGAACAGUGUUCGUACAUCAAGUACCACUACUCCUCAGCAACGAUUCCCAAGAAUCUCACCUACAAUAUUACUAAGACCAUCCGUCAGGAUGAAUGGCAUGCCUUGCACCUGCGCAGAAUGACAGCUGGUUUCAUGGGCAUGGCCGUAGCCAUCAUCCUCUUUGGGUGGAUUAUCGGGGUGCUGGGCUGCUGCUGGGACCGAGGCCUUAUGCAGUAUGUGGCAGGACUUCUCUUCCUAAUGGGAGGAACCUUCUGCAUCAUUUCACUGUGCACAUGUGUGGCUGGAAUCAACUUUGAGCUCUCCCGAUACCCACGGUACCUGUACGGACUUCCCGACGACAUCAGCCACGGCUAUGGCUGGUCAAUGUUUUGUGCCUGGGGGGGCCUUGGUCUCACUUUGAUCUCCGGCUUUUUCUGCACCUUGGCUCCCUCUGUACAACCUGUCCCCAGGACCAACUAUCCUAAAUCCAGACCUGAGAAUGGGACAGUAUGCUAAAACAAACCCAAACAAACUUAUAAAUAUACAUAUUAUAAAUAUUAUAUAUAUAUAAAUAUAUAUACAUAAACAUAUUAUAUAUAUAGAUCUCAAACGGAUGCCAGUGCCAAGGUAGAGUGGAGUCUAAUAUGGCGCCUACAUCUUCUCUACAGACUUCGUAUCGCUCUUGCUCUUUCUCCUGGAGGUGGAAAUAACUUCUCUUCAACAUCGCGCUUCCAUCUAGGUCUUUCAAAAACAAAGUCUCCAGCAUCCCAGUUUAAAGUCAAGUGACCAUAUUGUUGCAUCUGUCUACUGCCAGUUGUCAGGGGGUGUGGUAGGGAUGGGGAGGGAAAGGGGAUGUUUUUUGGGGGGUGGUACUGAGUCUGUACAGGAAAUUUGAAACAAAAGCGCAACUUUGUCUGCUCCAAAUUGGGGAAAUACAAACUGAAAAUAAACGAAAACAUUCAAGUUACCUCUCUAAACGCAAUCUCUUCAAGCCAUCUUCAGAACCCCCCUUCCUUCACACUUUCUACUUUUAAAAAAUCACAAAUCCUGCCUGGUUUUCCCCCUCUCUCUUGAGUUACCAACGAAAGGGAAUGAAAUAGAACUUUAAGAAAGGUUUUCCCUUCCAUUGCUAAACUUAAGGGAGGGGAUCAAGAAUCCCAUAGAAUAAAACUGCAAAUGAAGAUGCUUCGAUGGAUCCUGUUUCCAACUUCCACCUGCCUUACAUCUAGGCUGACCAUGGAGGCUGAACUGCUGGCAGAAACCAAAUGCUGUGAUACAUGUGUGUAUAACUCCCUUUUCCCCACCUUUCCCCACCUUUAUUACAGAAAGAAAAUCCGUUCAAACAUGGCUGUGUGAUCACCAACCAAGCCAUACUCACCACAAUAGUGACUGAAGGCAUCAAGAAGGAAAAUGUCUGUUGUGAGAUUGCAACUCUCAUAAACCAGAUUUUGUUCUUCAUCUGUGUGUGUCCGUCCGUGUCCCAUGGAUCACCAGAAAAUGCCAUGUGUUGCAUGAAAGGAGGUGGCCCUUGUGGUUGGUUGGCCUUAGUUGGGUGCCUGUGCAGGAAGAGCUUGAGUGGAUUGUUUUGUCAUUGUUAUUGUUGUUGCUGCUACUUUUUGUUAAUUAUAGACAACUGGGUUAAAAGCCAUUGUGGAAGGAGAGAUAAAAUCUGGCUUAAGUGUUGCUAAUAAGAGAUUUUUUAAAAUGUAGUGCCUCUUGUUAUGUCUGUAUACACCAAAAUAUGAUGUCUCAUAUUUGUGUUUGGGAGAAAAGGCCUUUCUCACAUACAUAGAGCUGUAAGGGCCAGAGGCAAAAUGGGAAAACCCAUUUUGCAAAGUUUUUGUGACAUGGUUGUGACUCUAUAGCUUUUUCUCCCUUCUUCCUUCCCUCUUCUGCUUCUUCCUUCUGUUUCUCCCUCUUCUUGUUUCUUUACUCCUUCCCCAGUUUUUACUGUAUUUGAUCCACUCUACUAGCAUUCAUGCCAAAGGCAAAUGAUAAGAUAACAUUUUUUCCAAAUAUUUGGAGCUAAAUCCCUAACAUACCAAUUUAGUGGUCGUGUCACGUUUCCCAAAUUUUCUAAGUAGGUUGAUGAAUUGCAUGGUGCACAAUUUGUGGGAUUUUCCAUUUCAGAAUCUGAGAUUUUUAUAUUUUUUCAUUAAAAGCAUAAUUUUGGAGUUCUGUCAAAAUUUGCCACUUUCAUGUAAUUUAUUUUUUACAAUAAUAACCAGUUCCUCUCCCUCCCAAAGAAAUGCUUAUCCUUCGCUUUCAAGCUUCCAAUUCACCAAUUUGUCCUAAUACAAAGCUUGUUCAGCAACAAGUGGUUACAGAAAAUUAGUCAUAAAAGUGGGAUGUAGGGAGCAAAACCCACUGCCUAAAUUUAGAAUGUGUAUACUGCAAUCUCACGGGUGCUUCAGAUCUUUAUCUUUCCCAUUCUGCAAAUCAUCAUAUGCAUUUUAUUCAGUAUUUGAUAUUCAAUUCAUUUACUAGCAGAUAAUAUCAAAGAUGCAUGGGGUUCCUUAUCUUGGAUCAGCUGUUGCUCAAUAAAGUGGGUUCGGGGUUAGAGUCCAAGAGACAGUACAAUAUGUCCCCAGUAUCCUUGGAACCAGUAUCUGUAUUAAAUCACAUUUAUUCACAUUUCUAAGCAUUUUCUAGGUCCUGCAGCAUGACUCUAUGGUAUUUUUGGCUGGAAGUCCUUCAUUUCAAUAGGGUUUAGGAUCAUCCAUAGUUUCACGUAUCUAUGUGAAGUCUGUGGACGUAACCCUUGCAGAUACAGGGAUUGUAUUCUAUUUAGUAAAGUAUAUUUAACAAGCUAAGUGAUGUUGAAUUCCAACCCAUCUUUUUAGCAUCCCAAUAUGUGUCUCUUUUCUCUUUGUGAGUUGUAUUGGAUGUUCUCCAGUUUUUGCUCUUUCUUUUGUUGUUUACCUGAGGCAGCAACAUGUCUCUUUGCAGAUCCUUCAAAAGAAAAGAAAGGAAAACAGUGGAAACUGCUUGGCAAUACUUUUACAUAAUUUGGCUACAUCAUUUCCCAUUUGUCAGAAGGUCUCAUCCAGCAAGAAUAUAACUACACUACAGAGUAAUGCAAAGCAGGUUUCAUCUGGCUCACAGCAUAAAGCUGCACUUCCAUCAGACAGAUGUUGUGUGGUAGUGGAAGGUGCAGAGGGAAAAGGUUGAAAUCCUCCACAACAAGAUGUUAGAUUUAGAACGUCUUCUGUUUGGAUGAGCUGAAUUAUUUAUAGCUCCUGGGAGUCGGAAAGAAACUUAAACACCUAAUUUGAACCAUUACUAUUUUUACAGUGCAAUUUCCAACACUUCGGUGUCUUUCUUCAUGGAUUUGUCAUUUAAUCUUCCACAAUAUUUUUGCUGCCUCUUCUGAUAUGAAAGACUAAAAACCAGGGGAUUUUCUUUACUAUUUCUCCUCUCUUUAGUGAUUUCAGUUAUGCCAUUAUAAAGUGUAAUAUGGGAUUUAUCAUAUUGGGACUUAGAUACAGAGUAACUUUUCUAACCUGUAGUUCCAAUCUCUGAAACAUGCAUAUGUGCAUAUACACAGACACACAAGUAUACACACACAGCUUAAGGUAGAAUGAUAUUCGAUUUCAACAUUCACAUGACACUGUAAAAUCCAGUAUUUGCAAAGCUUUUCUUGAAUGAGUCAGACAUGUUUUUGAGAAGGCAAAAAUAUAUUUAAUUCUAUCUAGUGAAAUCAAUGUAUAUUUGCCUAACUACACCUGCACAUUAAGAACAUCCUAUUUACAUCUAUUUAUGAAAGUAGUUUUUUGUCAGUUGGUGUGAAUCUGACCUUUUCAUUUAAUAUUCAUAAAUGUAAUAAACUUCAUGGAGUUUAUUUAUGACUAGCUUUAGUCAUUUUGUUACGGCAGAUUGAAAAGAAAAACAUCGCCCACACACCACCCAUUCUGAGUUUUUGGUUGUUUUGUCAUCAUCGUCAUCACCAUCAUUAGCAGCCAUCAUCAUUAGCAAGAGCAGUACUUUGCCCAUCCACCUUCAAACAAGAUGCACAACAUAGCUAAACCUCCACAUGCUCAUGAUAAUCCAUAAGCAUACCUAAAAUAAAUUUAACAUAAAAUUGUUAAGAUCAAACACCUCUAGCUUUUUAACCUGAUAUGGAUCCCUCUUUUUACUCCUUUUUUAUUCUCCUUUUUUCAGUCUUUUAAAUGCACAUGGGCUCCAUCUGCCUCCAGUAGGAUAGCCCUAAAUAUGAAAGGAUGGAGCUCAUCUUGACAGUAUGUAAACAAACCGUGCCAACUGUCAGCAAUGCAUAAGAGACCUUGGAAACAUUACUCUUUCAGCACUGGAAUAUCCAGACUCCCCAUGCCAUGUUGCUAUGAUCUACUGUAGUCCAAAAAUGUAUAAUAAUAUUUCCAAGAUCAGCAUAGGAAAGUAACUAAACUCAGUUACCUGCCAGUAAGUUCCCUUAAACCCAGUGGUGCAUAUUUCUGACUGCAAAAAAAAUCCACUUAUGAAAGACACCAAGCUUUAACAAAAGCCAGCUGAAUACAACCUUUAGCGUUUAAUGAAAAAGGCAAAGAAUCCUGCAAAGGAAGACUAGUUUUAAACUGAGGGAAUAAAAUAAGAGAGCUCCAUCAAAAAGUGUGUGUGUGGGGGGGGGGGGGGGUCUACAGUCUGGUCUGCUUGAUUGUGAUUUCAUUCUUUAACUUCCUUGGAGCAAAUCUGUCACAGUGUUGGAAGAAUGAAACUUGAAACCCUUGUUAUCAUCUCAUUUACAGGCUGGUGAGAGAGAAUCUCAGCAUUUCCCAUUUAGAUUUACAGUGGUGGCCACUGACUCAUGUAACUUUCAAACCCAGACUUUCGAUAGUAAUUCAAACCUGGGUUUUAGUCUGAAUCUGAGAUGUAGAUAAAAUAGGGUUAGCGCCUCGAAUAUCUCCUUUAAAGGUGAACUAAUUCUUGGAGUGGAUUCACUGUCCAACUGGCACAGGAACCACCAGCCACCAUAUGUCACACCUCUCCUUUCCCCAUUUACCGAACUAGGUUUGGGGCUCUCUGCUUUGGUUCUGUAUAGCUUCUACCCUUCCUGCAUUCCCUGCAAAGCAUCAGCAACAAAAUGCAAAUCUCCUUUCAUGGACUGCUGACUGUACCUAGAAUGUAUUGUAGCUAGUGUUAUGUUCUGUUAAGGACAGCUGUGAUAAGCCUAGGGUAAUGCAAUGGCAAAACCAUUCUACGACUCUGUGUGUGUUUGUGUGUACAUAGAUGUAUAUAUAUAUAUUUUUGAAUAAUGGGUUUUGUAGAUUGCGAGAAUCGCUUGAAAAUGAUACACAGGAGGCUUGACAGACUGUGAGAUUUGACAAAUAUGGUUUGUAAUUAACCUUUGAAGUCAUCAUUGGGUAAAUAUAGUGUAUGUCAAAACUGCCACUCCAACUGACUUAUGGAGGGUGAUAAGUGAGGUGGAAGUAAAGGAGUAUCCAGGUGAUGAACCAUUCAUUCUGUUACAAACCUGGCAUUUUCUCACAACUAUGAACUAGAGAGUCACUUGAAGGUUUCCACCCUAAAGCCAUAUAUUCACUUUUAUCAGCUAGUCUAUCUCUUGUGACCUUACUUAGGGUCUUGACCAUUAUAUUUGAAUUUCCCAGUCCUUUUCACAGCACUUGUUUCUCCGUUUUCCCUGGAUAACUCAGAAGCCAAGUUAGGUAUGCGAUAUAGAUAUGUCCUCUUCCUUCCAAACUUUGGAAAUGUUAUCUUUUAGAUGCUGGAAAUCAUAGUCUAAAAUUAACUUUUCCAGAUUAUGCCUCCUUUUCUGCUCCUAUUAAUUCUAUAUGUUAUGUGCUUCUUUUUCAAAUAAUUUUCAUGUGGGGAGAUAUUUGGGGUUGCACUUUUAAGGCAGAUCAGCCCUAUCCAAACUAUCCUGGAUUGUAACAUCCCUUAUUCCUAGACAGCCCUCCUGACACCCAAGAUGAAAUGAUAAUCACUUUCCCCACAAUUUGACAGAAUGAGAUAAAUGGCUACAUGAUGAGUCAGUUCAGUGGCCCAUAUUGUAAAUUACUGUUUGGGAAACACUACUCCAUCCCUGUUCAACUUUUUCAAAAUACAACAUCCACUAAUGAAUUUGGGAAUUCAUGUCUUCUCUUCUGCAUUAGCCUCCCAACUCAAUACCCCCCAGAUGAUUUACUCGAUGACCAAAUCUAAUUGUUAAUCUCAUCUAGAGUAGGUCUAUUGGCAUUUAUCUCUGUGUUGACUCAUAGUUGUGGCCAACCAAUAGGAUUCAUGCCUGUCACCUUCCUAUCCUAUUCACCACGGCCAUACUAAGCUGGAUGCUAGGGAUUACAGUCCAAAAUAUCUGUCCAAUGCUAGAUUGUGGGAGCCUGCCUAUAUCAACCAGUAAAGUGCUUUCUAAGCUAAAAGAUGGGCAAGUUGUGGGCUUCUAGUUUUGGCUGGACUGCAGUGAUUGAUGUAACUCCUUACCUUUAGGUGUUCUUACAGAUGGAAGUUGCAGUCCAAAAACAUCUAAAAGGCUAGACACUCCCCACUUUUGCUUUAGAUCAAAUACUUAGCUUUUCACUGUGUGACUGGAAUGUUACUACACAUCACGGACCAGACUGUUUUGGUUGUGUGUGUCUGUUGGCUAGGCAUAUUUGAAUGAAGAUAACAGUUUCUCCGGACUAAGUGACAUGGACAGAUGAUUUAUCAUUUGAAAAUUGCCUGAAUGAUGAUGUGUGCACUGAAGCCUUUGAGCAACACCACUUGCCCUGAAUGCCAAUUUCAUAGGGCAUGACUCUGGUGAUAGCUGGGUUUUUAAAAAAGAAAAUCCAGUUUUAUUCCAUAUGUGACUGAUUAAUACUGACUGAUCAAUUAAUAACUUCAGCAGCAAGCCUAAUCUAGGCAUACAAACAAUGGCUUAGAUCUGCAUUGUCAUUAUUUCUAGGAAGAUGGAUCUCAAUAAUUGUAGUUACAACUGAUGAUGCAUCCCAGAAACCUGCCUUCACAGCUUGAUAGUAGCCUGACUGAAACACUUUAGGGGUGCUGGAGAUUGGGGCACUGGGAAAUGAUGCCCAUGGUGUUCUUCCAGUCAUGGAGUGUCUCAUGAACAGGCAACUGGAGAGACCUUUUGAGGUCCUGCUACAGCUGCUUGUUGCAAUGCACCCAGCCUUCUGAUAUCUAGGACCUCCAGGUUUCAAAGGUGGUAUUUUGUGACAUUCAGUCAUUCAUAAUUGCAGACAUAAAUCCCCAGACAUUAGAACCAAGUCCUAUAUAGGAGUGGCUCAGGGAUCUAGGGAAAAAGAAGGCAGAGAGGACAUGUGAUAAUAAUGUUUAAAUACUUGAAAGCAUAUCACAUUUGAAGAGGGACAAGCUUGCUUACUGCAACUCUAGAGACUAAGGACAAGGAGCAAUGGAUUCAAAUUGUAGGAAAAGAGAUUCCACCUAGAUAUUAGAAAGAAUGGAUGAUAGCUGUUUGGCCAAGGAAUAUGAGUGUUGUGGAGUCUCCUUCUCUGGAAGUUUUAAAUCAGAAGCUGGGUUGUCAUCUGUUGAAAGUGUUUUGGUUGUGUUUUCCUACAUGGCAAGGGAUUGGACUGGUUGGCCAUUGUGGUCUCUUCCAUCUCUGUGAUUCUGGGAUAUCAUACAUAUAGCUUAUUAUAGUGUAAGUGCUCAAGAGGAUGCCAUCCAGCAAUAGCAAAUGUCCCCAUACCACAUCCCACUACUCUCCACUUCCUGACCCUUAAGCAUUGAAAGAAUACUCUUUAGAGUACAGCUUCCAGAAAUUCAUAAGCAGCAUAGCUAUGGCUUUGAUGCAAACUUUUUAAAAAUCCAGCUUUAUUCCUCAUGCUACUUGAAUAACUUGCAGACAGUUCAGGAAAAAAAUGUGCUGAACUGAAUCCAAUAGAGGCUAGAGGCCACAUAAAGAGUGUCUGAGGGUAAAAUGAACUUCUGCAGAAGGAGAAAAAAAUUGCCAGCAGGUGAUAAUGAUCUGAGAUGGGUCUAUAUUAAGAAAGUAAUUUUCAAGCCUUUAAUAAGAACAGCGUUUACAGGAGGCAUGUGACAGUGGUAAACUAAAUUCCUGGAAUUAAUGUGCAGGUUGAAGCAGUCCAAAGACAUAAUGCAAGUUAGUGGCACAGGAAGGGUGGGAUACAGUUGGGCACCUGAGUGACAGCCACCUUUGAGACCAGUAAGCAAAGAAACAAACCAGGCUGUUUUGUUGCUCAGAUAGGCUAGAAGUUCUUAUUGUGGUCUGAACUGGUUGCAUGACCUGAUCUCCAGCUUUUUUGAUUUGAGGGUAGCUUUGGCUUAUGACCUUAUUUUUUCUUUCUUGUGGAAGUAUCACAGUUAAGCCUCACGUUGAGGAGAACUUGCACACUUGAAUCCUGAUGGAAAACAAUCCACAACUCCUACAGCAAAGCAUCAGAAGAAUAUAUGCCUCUCAACACCUUGUAUAGGCAUUGCAGGUUGGCCAUCCCUUAUCUGGAAUUCCAAAAUCCAAAAUGGGUGGCUGAGAUAGGGACGCCUUUAUUUUAGUGUACACAAACAUGCACAAAAUUAUUACAAAUAUUGUAUGCCAUUGCCUUCAAGCUAAGAUGUAUAUGAAACAUAAAUGAGUUUUAUGUUUGGACUUGGGUCCAAAAUAUUUCAUUAUGUAUGUACAUGCAAAUACAGAGAUUCCAAAAUCCGCCCCCUCCCCAACAUUCUGAAAUCCAAAUCUUCUGGUCCCAAGCAUUUUGGAUAUGGGCUAUUCAACCUGUAUUCUCAUUCUCUCUCUCGCUCUCUCAGUCUUUCUCUCUCUCUCACACACACACACAUUUCCACCCGCAAAAAUGCACACCAAAAAGCACAUAGAAACACAACUAGAUUAUAUGUUUUUUUGCAUUGUGAAUGAUGUGGGAGGAGAAAUCUUGCAGGUAAUGUGUUUGGUACACUAAUGGAACUGGGUAUUAUGAUUCCAUAUGUUUUUUUCCCAGUAUGUAUAAGAAGGUUGCUGUACCUACUUAUGCAUUUUCCCCCAGGAAGCACAACAACAACAAUAUGGUACUCAGGUAUACGUCUACUGGCCACCAUCCCAUUUGAGGGUGUAAGGCAAGCUCCCACCUUCAUUGCCCUCCUGGACUAUGCAUAACUCCAUCGUCAUCGCUUUAUGUUCUGCUAACGUACAAAAGUACCUUGAUUGCUCUCUCAUCUACAUGAGUUAUUUUAUCCAGGUUUGGCCCAGUCACAGCUUCACCUAGUACAGACAGGCUGCAUCUUUCAUGCUUAGUAAAGAGGGCUCAUGCCUCAAGCCUGGAAUAGUUAACAGGAUAUAAUGCCCAAACUAGUCAUGCUGGAAGGUAUAAUUCAAAAAGUAGUUGUCCCUUGUUCCAGUCAUGUCUGACCCACAUGAAUUAGAUGCACCAUAGAAGAUGGACUAUCCCUGAAAAUAUUCCUAAAUAGAUUUACCCAAAAAUUUGAGUGACAAUGAAUCCCAGUUCGUUUUCAAAAUAUUUCGUCUUUCCUCAUAUUUCUCCCUUCCCUUUUCUCCUGCACUGUGCUCUCUCUCUCUCUUCCCCUCUCCCCUCCCCUUGUUUCUUUCUCAUGAAAAUGUUUUAUAUAAAUAGAAAUGCUUCAAUUCCAUCAAAUCCAUUUUCAUAUCAGCGCCUUCCAUGUGUGACUGUUUUGGGAUCCAGAUGCCUGUAAAAAAUGUACAAACUUAAAAUUGUGAACUGGAGGGGGGAGAUUCAAUUGUCAUCUGUUUGGGUUUUUUUUCCUAUGGAAUUUUCCAAGACAGCCAUGAUGUUGCCUCCCUGGUCCUCCCCCCAAUUCUCAGAGGGGCAAAGGGGAUGGAAAGCAUCAAAGCCUCUAUCGUCCUAUAAUUGUAGACGUCACCAGCUCUCAAGCGAAACUGUUUGCAUGUAUUGCUGUCAAAAGAUGAAAAAAAAAAUAGAAAAAAGAAAAAAAAAUCCUGUCUGAAAGGCUUGUAAGGUCUCUGUGUCAUAAUAAAGUCAAUGUCAUAAAAAUUUAUUGGGGAGAAAGUGAGGAGAGGUGAAGUGGUUCUUUCCAACAAAUUAUUUUACUAUCCUGUUCCAAGCAGUGCCUCCAAGCAUCUGCACUGGAUGGAGUUAUCCUUUAUCAGCUGCAUUGACCUUGGCCAGGAUGUAUGCUUGCCAAAAGGGUUCUGUCCUGGUUUAUCUUUCUGGCAAGUGACCUUAUGAUACCACCUGACUAAGCUGUAUAUAUUUUUAACAUGGUUUGAUUCUCCUCUCCUUGGCACAGUCCAGUAGUUAUAUCCAACUGAAUACUAAACUCUUAUAAUCUAGGAACGGCCUGUUAAUUGUAUCCCUUUUUCUCAUGCCCCACAGCUUAGACUACAAACCAGAUUCAUCCACAAUGAAAGAUUCUGGGUGCUAUAGUCCAACAAAGUAAAUUUUCCAAGCUCUUUGCCAUGUUACUGCUGAACUGCAUAAACGCAUAAGCCAUGAAACGAAAAGGCACAUGGAAAGAAUCCUUGCAAAAGUCACUCAUGGUUUGGUUUUCUUCUUCCUAUGUGAUUUUGGAUUUUCUGCAUGUCUAGACUUACAGAGGAACCAUAACCAUACUAUUUCCAAACCCAAGAGUGUCUUCUGAACCCCACUGAAAUCAAUAGGACAUAAGGCCUGAUUUGGUAAUCUUAUCCUUGUUAAUCUUAUCCCCUUUUCUCAUGCCCCACAGCUUGGAAAGGUUCCUUUGUUGGACUACAAACCACUUCAUCCACAAUGAAAGAUUCUGGGUGCUAUAGUCCAACAAAGUAAAUUUUCCAAGCUCUUUGCCAUGUUACUGCUGAACUGCAUAAAUGCAUAAGCCAUGAAAGGAAGAGCCACAUGGAAAGAAUCCUACAAACGUCAUUCCACAGUUUGGUUUUUUUCUUCCUAUGUGAUUUUGGAUUUUCUGUAUGUCUAGACUUACAGGGGAGCCAUAAUCAUACUGUUUCCAAACCCAAGAGUGUUUUCUGAACCCCACUGAAAUCAAUAGGGCAUAAGGCCUGGUUUGUAUAAUUGGCAAAAUCUAACGGUUCAACCCCUGGACUGUGCCUCUUCACAGGUUUCCAUCUUUAAAUGCUUCUUCUAAUGGGGAAAAUUCUCCCUUACAUUUAGAAACAUAUGAAUAAAAAGCCUCCCCCUACCCGAUACUAUCAUUUUCUGUUACUUGAGAGUUUGUGUGAUAUAUGUUCAUACAUAUUCUGCAGACUGGUGUGAUACAGCAUCAAUAGAAGUAUUCUAAUUUUGGUAUUCAAUUUCAUGGUUUACAACUAAACAUGACCCCCCCCCCCCCCGCCGCCAACCUAAAUUGGUUAGCAAAGUCAUGCCUCAAAGAAAGAGUUUAUGAGGAAAUGCAGACUGGGGUACUGGGAAAUGCUCCUAGAGUUGGGGUUUAUUGAGAGAAACAGUUGAGACAGAACUUCCAGGGGUCCCAGCUGCAUGUUCUCAACACAAUGUGUAAGUGAGGAGCAAUGCAGAUGUCAGUGCCCAGCACCCUGAUCUCCAGGAACCCUUUGGUUGUGGAGCAACCUCAAUGAAAAUAUAGGUUUUUGGAGGGCUUUCACAGUUAGACAUAAUCAGAGCUCCAUCAUCAUGUUGACAUCUGGCAAUGAUUGGAUCUUGGGCCUUUUUUAAAGAUAGGUCACCUUUUAUUAUUGAUGUGGAAUUUGUGAUGUUGAAUUCAAAAUUUGAUGUAGAUUUAUGGAACAUUACUGCCAAGAGAUAAUCAAACUGCACAAUUAUACAUCUAAACAGAUCACCCUUAAAUUUAAACAUAGAGAGCGAGAUUGAGAUAUUAUAUUACAGUAGAGCCUCAUUAUCCAAGCUAAACGGGCCGGCAGAAGAUUGGAUAAGUGAAUAUCUUGGAUAAUAAGGAGGGAUUAAGGAAAAGCCUAUUAAACAUCAAAUUAGGUUAUGAUUUUACAAAUUAAGCACCAAAACAUCAUGUUACACAACAAAUUUGACAGAAAAAGUAGUUCAAUAUGCAGUAAUGUUAUGUUGUAAUUACUGUAUUUACGAAUUUAGCACCAAAAUAUCACGAUAUAUUGAAAACAUUGACUACAAAAAUGGCUUGGAUAAUCCAGAAGCUUGGAUAAGCAAGGCUUGGAUAAGUGAGACUCUACUGUAUAUUAUAAAAGAGAGAGACAGACCCCUGUAUCCACAGGAGACACAUUCCCAGUUGAAUUGUGGUAUAUGAAGCUAUGGAUAUGACUGAACACCAAUGAAUUACCCCACUUCGAAUCCAAGCAUACCAUAGAAUUGUGUUGGAGGAUCAAGAGAUUCCCAGAGAACUAUUUGCAUAGGAAUUUGCUCCCCAGAAGCAACUUUAUGGUAGUUUCCUUGGAAAGUAUACUAUGGCAAAGACCUAGCAAAUUCUUAGAGAGACCCUGGACAUGGGUAAGUGAACCCAUGAAGAUGACUCUUGCAGUUACAGGGUUUCAUGCUGUAUAUAAAACAUGGCAUAACUCAGGCAGGAACUACAGAUAAUGAUGUGGUUCCUCUGAUUAGGAAUUUGUUCCAUUAUAUGAAUUUCACCAUAUUGCAAUCAGUCAUGUAUGCCCUCCAAUUAAUAAGUUGAUGGAAAACAAUGUGAAGAUUAUAAAAUUAACGAUGCCUAAUUCCAACAAUGCAGAAAUACUCAUAUAUAUCAGUUUCUGAACAAAUUAUAUUAUUACUGCUUUUAAAAACAGAGCCAAUCACCUGCUUUUCAGCAAAAGAGAUCUGUACAAUAGCAAUGUUGCCUAUCUUAACUUCAGUGAACACAUUAAAGUGAAUUAAGGUCAUACCAGGUGACUUUUAGAAAGAAAAGGUAUCAUGAUGCAGCUGCUAAGCCAAAAAUUAACACCAUAAGUGAAUGCUCUUCAUCAUAUAUAGCAGUUCUUUACUUUCUUUAGAUUUCUCUCUCUCUCGCUGGAUCUUACUCAUUCUUUCAAAAAAUCAAAGCAGCUUACCAAGAAUAAACUGAUAACACAGCAAUUUGGUUAUGUAAAAUACAACGUUCAGUACAGAAUUUAAAAGCAGCAACAGCAAUAACAGCAGCAACCAAUUACAAUAUUCUGAAAACAUCCUGUUUGUCUAAGGUCUUUUUAUAACACUUUGAUACCACCUUAAUUGCUGUGACUGUAUUUCACAGAAUCCUGGGAUUUGGAGUUUAGCGAAGAACUGGUAAAGAAUUCCAAAUACUUCAUGAAAUUACAAAUCCCAGGAUUCCACGGGAUAUAGUGAUGGUAGUUAAACUGGUGUCAACAUGAUAUAAUUGUAUGGUGUGGAAGAGACAUAAAAAAGCAAGCAGAACCAGAACCAGCUAUAGCUCCCUUGGGAGGUAUUCCAGUUCCUGGGUGACACUGCCAAAAAUUCCAAUGUAUGGAAGUCAUUUCCAGCACAUUGUAUAGUGGAUCCACAGAAACUGAGCACAACUCUGAAGCUGUUGUGGGGGGAAGUGGAUCUUCUCAUCAUAUUAAUUGUAAAUUACAUUUAAGAGAAAACAAAGGAAUGGCAUCAGUCACUUGAAGAAAAUGGGAAAUCAGACAGUUACUGAAAGUUGGUGGAACUUAACCUUUUCCUUAGGCUUUGGUUCUUAUGUUUGAAAAUUACUUGCAUUAACAAUGCAGUCAUUGACUUAUGUAACUUGGACCAAGAUCCUUCAUGGGGAGAUGGAGUGUAAAUUACCACCACCAUGGGAUUUUGCUUUGUCUCCCCUCUCCCCUCCUCUAAUACUAGACCUUUCUUUUCCCUGUUAGAACACACAGGACCAGGACAGUCCAGGGGUAUCUGAGAAACAUCUGGCUAUGUCCCUGUAGUCCAAUAGUGGAUAAAGUGCUGCCCAUGGGCCACACGUGGCCACCAGGUGCCCCUAGGGUACAAAUGUUUCCAAAUGCUCUCUAGAGAGUGUAGAGGGAAUUUCUACCCUGAAAUAUCCAAAAAAAUCAAACAAUCUUUUGCAAAAUAAAUUCAAAAUAAAAUUUUCCUCAAAAUUAUAAAGGUCCUCAAACUAAGGCCAUUGGGUCAGAUCUAGCCCACCAAUGCCUUUCCCUCGGCCCCUGCUAUGAACUUUAGACACACCACUACUACUACCACCAUUUGUGCCCUGCCACUAUUACCACCCUCCUCUUGCUCCUUAACUCUCCAUUCUUUUCCUCUCCUAUCUCCUGCCAAAAUGGCAAGCUCCUCUGUACCCCUUCUUGCUCCUUAACUCUCUUUUGCUUUGCUUUGCUUUCCUCUCUAUCUGUUCCCAAAACAGAAGGAAUUCUUUCCACUCCCUUCUUGCUCCUUUGAGGUAGGUAGGAAAAAGUGUGAGGAGGGGUUCAGAAACCGUGGUGUAGUGGUUUCAACUUCAGACUGUGACUCUAACCCCACUGGGUGCCUUUAGGCAAAUCAUACUUUCUCAACCUCAGAUGAAGACAAAGGCAAAUCCUCUUUGAAUAAAUCUUGACAAACAAGCUCUGUGGUAGGGUUGUCUUAGGGUUAUCCAAAGUUUGAAAUGACCUGAAGCAAACUAUAGUUGUAAUUCCAUUUAUGAAGAUACAAUGCUCCAAUUGGAUUCUAGCUGAGUGGAGCUAAAAUAACAUUAACAUUUAUCAUCUGCACGUGGAACUGAACAGUAUACGUUAGAAGCCAUUCAUGAAUAUACAAUGUCCAAGAUCCUGUAUGGCACAGAUGAGUGUAAUAGGUCUAGUUGCUGAGCUGUGCCACACCUGUCCUCUCAAUACCCCUGUCUGGCACAAUGUUUAGCUGCUGCCAGGCCCCCAAAACAUUAUGUGUCUGGCAGAGAAUGGGGAUGAUUGGAGAAGUAUCAGGCUAUGCCUCCAUAGCCAGAAACAGAAUGAUAACAUUGCCCACUGAGACAUGCCAGGGUUCUCCAGAGGUCUCAGCAGAUGAUGUAAUCAUUUGACGUCCGGUUGUGGAACCAGAGCCUUCUCUGAUUUCCUCCUUGCACUUUCCAACAGCCAUGGAAGGGCUGUGCAAGGAGAAGGAGGCAGAAAUCUGCAGCAGCUAAAUGGUGAGUCCCAGAGAGAUGCUUUGUUCAUUGCAGAGGAAAGAAAACACCCACCUCCACAAUGACCAAAAAAAGACGCACAUAAAGCAGACUUACGCCUUCGCAUAUCACAGCAUGCCAGCCAAUACAUGUAUCAUCUAACUGUAUGCUAUGGAAAUUUUUAUUGUGAAAAGAGAUAUUUCCUAUUCUGUAAAACUGCUCGAGAACUACUGUUUUGUUGUUGUUGCUGUUCCUUCAGAAGCCUGGUCUUUAUGUCCCCUCUCAGUUUCAGGCAUACUCCUUCACAUCUCUUUCUGAUUCUGACAUGAUGACAUAAGACACACAUGUACUUUAGAGAAGAGCCCACAUCUUGGAAGAUGUCUUGUAUAUGAAUCAGUGACCUAGUAAAUACAAAGAGCUGGUCAUGUGGCAAAACUGCAACUGUUCUUGCAUUGUAUCAUUUUGGAACAGAAAUAGGAGCAUGUAGGAUCAAAUAUUUUCUGACUAAAAUAACCAUCUCUCUGAAUAUAUUUAUCAGGUAAUAGGUUAACCUGGGUAUGACAUUUACCUGUGAAAGCAGUUCUUAUUAUUAUUUCUUGUCUUUCCAAUCUCUUCAGUACAGUUGGUGACUAAAGAAUUAUGAAACUAUGACACAUCUGUAGCUUCAGUGAUCAUAGAAGGGAUGUUUUUAGACUCAAAGGUCAGCCCAUGGCAUCAGAAUGAGACCCAAUAUGGUAGAUUUCAAGUCACUUGUAUUGUUUCCCAGAUAUUGUUGGAAAGCAAUACCAGUAACCAUAGCCAGUUAAUAGCAAAGGAUGUUGGAACACAUCUGGAGGGCCGGAUAAGUCCCCAACCCCAUCCUUUUAUACAACUUAGGCUCUUUCUAAACCAGGAUUUAUUUCACGCUGCUAGCAUUAGCCAUAUUUACAUGUCACCUGCAUCUCCAGGCACUCAACAUUUAGUUGCUGUAUAGCCAUAGACAGAAAAAAGGUUUGAAUAUCUUGUUGAGGACUCAUCUUUGAGUGAUGGAGAGGCAAGGGCGCAAUACUUGAUAAACUUUUGUAAUUGUGUUUGCAACUUUAAAGAGCUUCCUUUUUAAAAAGAAUAAAAUGAGCCACUUCAUUUAUACUGAAUCCAGAGCAUUUACAAUCUCUCAACAUCCCACAUACCCUAUAGUAUCACUGUAGGACGGGCUUGCAAAACUCUUGCUGCAACCUUAAAUCUCUACAAAAAAAACACAAGACAGAUAAAAACAAAUACUGCAGAGUUCAUUAUAAAAAAUAGAGGCUUCAAUUCCCUCCUAAAACCAUACAUUAAAAUGAUAUUACUGGUUUUAGAGUGGAAAGAGUCAAAUUCAUAUCCCUGGUAAAAACAUUUCCUCUCCCUUUCAGCUCUCCCACAUUCUAUAAAAUUGAUAAAUACAGCUCCUUUCGGAUUUCUUCAUCCACUGGGCUCAACCAUUAGUGAUUUUUUUUUAUACAUAGGGGUUGCAUUACUGUAGAUAUUUAAGAUCUUUUAUGUAUCAUGCCUUCUUUCAUUUUAUUGUCCAUAGCAGAAGUCAGAGUAAUCAGCCAGAUUGAAUACAAUGGGUUAGACACGGAUGAGGAUGGAAUGUCAGGCAACGUUUUUGGCUUCAGGCCACUCAUGAAAUGCAAGUAGCCCAAAUGGCUUUUGGUGCUAAAUAAUAAUCCAAUAAUGAUUGUGUGUGUUAUGAUUCUCGUCCAGAUAUGAUGUGAAUAAAUGUGUUGUUUGAACUUUUUACAGCUCCAUCUUAUCACUUCUCCUUCUUCACAUUAGCCCAUCAUAGGAAAGGUGAGCAAAGAUCGUUGUAUGCAUCAAAAAUCAAAAUGUUCCUCUGUUUUAGGAUAUGUGUUUGAGGCAGCUAGGAAGCAAUGCCUCUUUCUUCAUCAUAGUGCUAGAGAGGCAGCUGGCAAUGGCAAAUGGAAAUUGAAGUGUGCUUUUGAAACUCAUUUCAGAAUUGCGAAGGACACAAUGUAUGGCAGGACUUUUCUGGGAGGAAAAUAAAAGGUAUGAAGUUGAGAAGGAUGCUAAGUAGGUUGAGAAGGACUUUGCUGGGAGGAAAAAGGGAACUUUAAAAACUGGCUGCAUCUUACCUUUUAUUCCUCUCGCUCUUUUUUUCAACUGACAGAAAAAUCUGUAUUUCCAUAGGUUUACAAUCUCGUCUGGUAAUUAAGCAAUUUGUUUAUGGGGAAAAAUGAAAAAAGUAAACUGUCAAUUGUGGAAUGUAAACUGAUUAAACAAUUAAAUAAAAGGAAGUCAUGUUGUGUGUUUUAAAGACAA